CGGAGUUCGUGUUCCGGGGUCAUGGAAGGAGACGUAUCCCCACAUUUUCACCAGUCCCACGAGUUUCUUGCCUUCCAAAGGGACACAAACCCAUGAUAUUUACCUGGCCGAACCACCUGUUCUUACGGAAGUGAUAUUAGCUGCUCGCUCUGAUGCCGCCUCAUUGUUUUCCCGUUCACAACCGUCAGCGAUUGAAAAGUGGCUGUAUGCAUCUCCACGCGUUCUGCGGACUCGAGAUAUUAUUUCGGUGCCAGAGACACCAAGUGAUGAUGAAUGGGUACCAGAAAGCGGAAUUUCUAAGGGACGGGCUGUCCACCACCUCUACGAGAUAGUGUCAGCAGAACCUGUCUCCGAGGGAAUGGCGAAGCAGCUUGUAACCAGAUUCAUAGUGACAUCCACAGACUCGCACCCAAACAGUCCCUAUUGCAGUGACGAAGAUAUUACGAGUUCCCCAUGCUCGACUGAAAGUGAAUUGGAGUCAGACCUUCACUCUAUUGAUGGAAUCGAAAUUGGGGAAGGGUUCUUGGCAGGGUCAUUGUCAUCAACCCUUAGUGGUGGUUUAUUUGGAGCCAAAAAUGCGAUAUCCUUGGAAUCUACGGGAGGCGCGAUCGAAGCAGAUGGACAGGACCUGCCCAAGAGGGCCCUCAUCGCUCAAAGUCUUCCGAAGCUUAUUCCGUCAUCAUUAAGUCGGAAAGGAGACGACCCUGAAUCCUUUAUCCAUGUGAGCUCUGGGGAGUUAGGGAAGACCGGAAUAUUUAGUGGAGACUGGGCUGUAGCAACUAUCGAUUCAGAGGGUUCCUCAAGAUUGGUUCGGGUACUGGCGAAUGAUCACUUGCAUUAUCGUUCUUUGUCGAGUGUCGCAGCGUCGCCAGUGCUACUUCACAAUUUAGCACCCUCUGCAUCAGAUUUGCAGCUCAUCCUCCAGCCAACUCCUUUCGGCGAUCGGGUGUACCAACCCCUUUUCCUCAUUGCACUGAAAGAAUAUUUUGAGAGUCAAGUCAGGCUCGUGAAGCUUGGUGAUCUGAUCGCUAUCGGUUUGAAACUUGAAGAUUCCAGGCGUAUCAGUGACGAAGUGAUUAAAAUCGCUGAGUCGAGCGACGAAGAGCAUGAAGCGACUGAGGGGCAAGAGGAUGUCGUUCAAUUCACCUUGAAUCAGAACUUCCCAUUGUCCUCCCCAGUAAACACGGGUGUUGUAUACUUCAAGAUCACGAAUAUCGAGCAUGAUGUAGUUGAUAUCGAUAUUUCGGAGCGGGAGAGCACGUAUUUUGCGUCCACCAUGGGUGAAUUAGGAUGCUGGGUUGACUCGAAGGUGACUAAGAUGGUGCAAGCCGGCCUAGAGCAUUCUAGGGUACCUGAUGUGACCAGUUACCUAGGGAUAGAAUCGAGCUUUGUUCCUCUCCCAGCAUCCGUAGAUGAGGAUCUGUCAGACACGCCAUUCAAGCGUCUGGUCAACCUGGUGUCCGCCGCGUUGGUCCCUUCGGCAUCUGAUCUUGAUCUCAGCCUCACCGUGCUUCUGAAGGGAGCCAGGGGAAUUGGGAAGCAGACUACGGCGCUCUGGGUUGCACAGAAGCUUGGAAUACAUAUUCUUGAGGUCAAUUGCUUCGAGGUCUUAGGGGAAACGGAUGUGAAGACCGAAGGUACUCUACGUGCUCGAGUAGAGAAAGCAGCUUCGUGCUCUCCCUGUAUCUUCCUGCUACGUCAUUUGGAGGCGCUCGCUCGGAACACCCAGACGUUAGAAACCGGAAGAGAACCACCCAUGGCAACAAUCUUGCAAGAUUGUGUAUUAAUACUAGGGAAAAGCUGGAAAGAAACCGGAUACCCUGUAUUUCUGUUUGGAACUACAAGUGAGCCAGAAAAGAUCCCACAGGGUGUCCUAAGCUGCUUCAAACACGAGAUUCAGUUCGAGUCACCUAAUGAAGCAGAGCGUCUCGAAAUCUUACACACACUAUUGCAGUCAUUUACCUGUACCCCAGAUGUCAACAUCAAAUCGUUAGCAUCACAAACUGCUGCUUUGGUUGCCAGGGACCUUGUUGAUUUAGUGCAACGAGCACAGUUAAAGUCUCUUCAGCGAACUACCUCGUCGCUGGAGUCGUCCAACCCAGUACACCUCUAUGGCAGUCUCGUACUUACAGCCGCAGACUUCGAUGUCGCUCUCAACGACGCCAGGUCCUCAUUCUCUGAGAGCAUUGGCGCACCGAAAAUCCCGAACGUUACCUGGGAUGACGUUGGUGGACUCGCGAGUGUUAAGAGUGACAUCCUGGACACGAUUCAGCUACCCUUGGAAUAUCCUGAGCUUUUCGCAGACGGACUAAAGAAGCGCUCGGGUAUCCUUUUGUAUGGUCCACCGGGAACAGGGAAAACCCUGCUAGCGAAAGCCGUGGCAACAUCAUGUUCUCUGAAUUUCUUCUCUGUUAAAGGCCCCGAACUGCUCAACAUGUACAUCGGGGAGUCGGAGGCGAACGUUCGUAGAGUUUUCCAAAGGGCCCGCGACGCUAAACCAUGCGUCAUUUUUUUCGAUGAGCUUGAUUCGGUUGCACCGAAGAGGGGGAACCAUGGCGACUCCGGUGGCGUUAUGGACAGAAUAGUGAGCCAGCUCCUGGCCGAGCUGGACGGGAUGGCGGAUGGAAAAGGAGGGGCAGACGUGUUCGUCAUUGGGGCAACAAACAGGCCUGACCUGCUAGAUCCUGCACUUCUGCGGCCUGGACGUUUCGACCGCAUGCUAUACCUGGGUGUUAGUGAUACACACGAGGCACAGUUGAACAUCAUCAAGGCCGUCACACGCAAGUUUCGUCUUGAUCCGGAUUUGGAUCUUGCCGACAUUGCGGAGCAGUGUCCCUUCAACUUCACAGGGGCCGACUUCUAUGCACUGUGCUCUGAUGCAAUGUUGAGGGCAAUGGCAAGGAAAGCUGAAGAGGUAGAUCGAAAGAUAGCUGAUCUCAAUGCUGAACCCCCACCAUUCUCACAUCCUCAUCCCCUCACACCACAAUACUAUCUUGCCGAGUUGGCGACGCCUGAAGAGAUCGACGUCUUGGUUUCCCGGAAGGAUUUUGAGCUGGCGCUCCGAGGACUGGUCCCAAGUGUCAGUCAAGGGGAAAUGGAGCACUACAAAGCUGUUCAAAGGAGAUUUGCUCGUGAAACCAUCAACACCGUCCAAUCUGCAACGGUACAGCCCUCAACACGUUCAGCAGGGGUCCCAAGCGAACCGCAAUUCCAGAUAACCGAGGACGAUAGCGACCUCUAUGUCGCUGUUCAGAGGACAGACAAAGGAAAAGGUAAAGCAAAGGCAGAGGAUAUAGUAUAAUGUAGCAAUCGUCUAUGUACAGCAAUCGAUGGUUCAAAUAAGACUUACAACAGACUCACUGUCUUGCAGAAUCGAGCAAUAGCGAUGUUUAUCCGAAGAUCUUUCCGAGCCUCCCAAGCAUGCCUUUUAUCGACCCACUGAUCUGGGCAAUUUGGGUACC